AGAUGAUUGCUUCAUGAAUGUUAUACUACAACUUUUGAAGCGUUCAUCUUUCGAGGAUCAUUUCCGUACUUGUUGCGUAGGGACAAUUCAUGAAGAGCUGAGGAAAAUUCUAUCUGGUGAGAAAGACGUCGUUGGUGAUCUGAGAAGAAUGCACAGCUAUAGCAAGUUGCACAAGGGACGCAAUAUGUGUACAACAGCGUUGAAAGUUUUGAUGAAGGACUUGGCUGCAGAGUGUAAACGCAAUACCGAAGUAAAGGUUCUCCACCCCACGCGGUUCAAGAGUCAUCUGGUUUGCAGUGCUCAAGGCUGCAAAAAUCCGACGAUUCCGGACAAGCCAUAUUUCAAAGUGGCAUUGCCAAGUGGAAAGGCUUUCACUGAUAUGGUGGUCCAGAAGCAUCAUCAUCUACCUAUCGCCCCCCAAAUAUUUUGAAAAGAAUACAGAAUACCCGCAAAACCCUAAAUCUCAACGUCGGCCGAUGCUCCUUUCUCUAGUCAAUCCAAAGUCCAAAGGUUUCUUUUCUAUUGUCGUUCCCCUUUGGAACAGUAUAGUUCACAAUGUAUCAACAUUCCUUUCCCCCUCCCAGUUUAUGAACCUCAUAAACCAACAAAUCUCAUACUUUUAAAUUUCUCGUUGAUUUAUCCUCUUCUGUCAAAUAGUAUUUACUUUUUUCAUACUUAAGAUGGACUCUGACGGGUCUUUCUUAUUUUAUGUGUUAUUCGAUUUUCCCCGUUGAUCUUCUAUGUACUACAUUUUGUUACUAUUUAUCUAACUUCGAAUAAACAAACAAACAAGCCA